UUGUACACCCUGGCGACUGCUCGUGUUGCAAAUUAGGUCCCGGUACGCUGAUUACAAACAACAAAUAAAUUUGUGAGAAUCACAUUACCGCUCAGCUGACGUGUUGUUUAACUGCCCACCAAGUUAAUUCUAUCGAAAGCCAGCUUUGCAAGAAAAAGUUGAACGAUUGAAGAGCUUGUGACGAUCGAGGGUUUUUGCCUUCAAAGAUAACGGCUCACUGUAAACAAAGUUGUCCGUAUACAUGGAUAAAUGCAAGAGUGUCGUCAAGGUGCUGUGGGCGUUCAGAACCACCAUACUGCUGGUACUGAUCCCUCUACUGGCAUCACCGCUGCUGAUUGUAUCUGGGGAUAGUGUAGCCAAAUGCGGCUGGGUAGUGAUCGUCAUGGCGGGCUACUGGACCUUUGAGGUGGUCCCCCUUGCCGUCACGUCUAUCCUGCCCGUUCUCCUCUUCCCGCUGCUGGGGGUUCAAGACUCCGACGAUGUGUGCCGAAACUACCUGAAGGACACCAACUUCCUGGCCAUGGGCGGUCUGAUGGUGGCUGUGGCAAUCCAACACUGGAACCUUCACCGUCGCAUCGCACUAGGAGUCCUUCUCCUGGUUGGAUCCCAGCCCAGAAGAUUAAUGCUGGGUUUCAUGGCUGUGACUGCCUUCCUGUCCAUGUGGAUUAGUAACACCGCCACCACCGCCAUGAUGGUACCCAUUGUUCACUCGGUCCUGGCCCAAAUGGUCAAGAAAGAUGGGCAGAAAGAGGACGAUACGUUGGAGAAUGCCGACGCAGUCGCAGUAAGUUGCGACGGCGUACAGUUAGAGUUGGAGAAGGGAACUCAAAUGCCGGAAAACAACUUCUCUUCACAGAGUGUAACUACUGAAGAACCGAAUGGGAUUUAUAAAACAAGAGAAACGGACCUUGACGAGACCGACGAAAAGAAUGCAGACCGACAGGAGGGCUCCUCGGAGGAUGUCACUUCGAAGGGUGACGACGCCGCCAACGUCGACAUUGACUUCGCCUCCCUGUCCCCUGCGGAAAACUCCAUGUGCAAGGGCAUGAUGCUGUGCGUGUCUGCCGCCGCCUCCUUCGGCGGCACGGCAACAUUAACUGGGACGGGCACCAACUUGGUAUUCAACGAGGUUGUGAGCGAUUUGUACGGGGAUGCUGCCAAUAUCAACUUCGCCUCGUGGAUAGUCUUUGCUCUGCCGGCCAUGAUUCUCAGCAUUUUCUGUGCGUGGUUCUGGUUGCAAUUUUUCUUUCUGGAUAGAAGUCUGUUCGGUUGCUGUCGAGAACUUCGCUCCUGCUGUUUGCGUAAAAAUCAUGACGCAAAGGCCGCCACCAUUCGGGCGGUGAUUAAAAAGCAGUACGACGCCCUCGGUCCAAUGUCGUGGGCCGAGGUCUGGGUGCUAAUCCACUUUAUAGCCUUGGCGCUCCUGUGGUUCACGAAAGAACUGGCAUUUAUUCCCGACGCCAAUGGAUGGGCGGAGCUGUUCCCAGUCCCACUGUACGUGACUGACGCGACGGCGGUCGUAUUCAUUUGUUUCCUUCUGUUUCUUUUCCCCUCCACGCUGCCAAACAUGUUCUGCUGGCGAGACGGCACCAAACUUGGGCCCCGCACUCCGUUGUUGACAUGGUCUAUCGUGCAAAAGAAGCUACCGUGGAACGUUGUACUGCUCCUUGGUGGCGGGUUUGCCUUGGCAGACGGUUGUAGGGAGUCCGGAUUGUCUCAGUGGCUGGCCGAUCAGUUCAAAGUUCUCCAGAACAUCCCUGCGCCAGUCCUCGUCCUCGUCAUUACCAUCGUCAUCUGCAUCUUCACAGAGUUCACCAGCAACGUCGCCACGGCAACCAUUUUCCUGCCUGUCCUCGCGUCGUUGGCUGAAAGUAUCUGCGUGAAUCCUCUUUAUAUUAUGAUUCCGGCGGCCCUGGCUUGUUCCUAUGCCUUCAUGCUUCCUGUUGCCACACCCCCGAAUGCUAUUGUGUUUUCCUACGGCACAAUCACCGUCGUCGACAUGGCCAAGGCAGGAGUGGUGAUGAACAUCAUCGGGCUUAUCAUGGCGAACGGCCUUAUCAACUCGCUGGCGAUACCCAUGUAUGACGUCUUCAACUAUCCACCCUGGGCCCCCAACUCAACGUGUCUGGGCUAGCAGGGCCGGGCGAGAUUCUCCGCGUGUGCCGACGCGUCCGACCCAUCGCCCUUCAGAUGCGGGAGAUUCCUCUUGCGGAUGCAGCCUUUAAUUGCAUGCUUAACUGAUUGCUAAUAGUAGCCUGAGCAAUUCCCAAAGGGUGUACAUACAUUAGCGUUGUUAUGGUGAUUGAGAAGAAUUGAAGUUAUUUAAAAUCUCUUUUUUAAGCCUGGAUGGAAAACAUAAUGAUUGACAAUUGUACGCACAUACUGCACAUAACACAUCAGUGUUAUUUCCCUUUCAGGGCUGUUUGGUACUGACCUGUAUAGGCCUACCUGAAAGGGAAUGACGUACACACCAGAAAUUUAAAAGCAACCCCCCCAAAAAAAAAGAAAUAAGGAGAGAAAGGCGAUUUUAGGUCUAUCUUAUUUCCCUCCCCUUCAAAAGCGGGUAAGAAGCUCCCAAAUGUAGCCUAAUCCCAAAAGUGAGGCCAUAAAAGGUUUUUUAAAAAAAUCCAAAUUUUUGGGCCCCUAAGAAACAACACCUCCCCCAAAUGGUUCUGUAGCCACCCUUGCAUGCUGCUGUCAUGAGCAAUUUCGACAGCUGUGAAAUCCAUGUCUUUAUGACCUCACGUGUACUCGUUUGAUGAGUACCUGCGUCACCAUCCAGAAGUCUUUCGAUGUCGCUUCAGUGGGUGCCCGCCCCCCCGCGACUGAGGGCGUAUCCGGACCAAAUUUUUGACGCGGGCAAAAUUGUUAGGGUGGCCAAUAGUUUGGGACAUUAUUUUUAUGUAACAUUUUAUGGCCUUCCUUGGGGGUUGAAGCUACAUUCUUGGACGUCUUUGCUUAAGAGGGAAGGAAGAAAAACGACAAAGCAAAAAACCCACCCUUCCGUUUUUUUGUUUUGUUUUUGUUUUUUGGGUUUUUUUGUUUUUAAUCGUUGGGCUUUUUUCUCGGGAGAUGACCUCCGUUGGUUCCCCAGACCAACCCUUGACACUGAUAUGCUCUUUUUGUUUUUAAAUUUCUUCAAAGACGGCAACUAUGUUUACAAAAUGGCUGCCUGUCCGUAGUAGUGGGACAUGAUAGAUAGUUCCUAGGAGGAGCAAUGCGCUUAAUUUCCGGCAACAUCCGGAAUGGGUCAUUUAGAUUUUCUCAGUUUGCUUGAAAACAACUGUCUUUUGCCAAAUCGAAGGGAGAGAUGGAGAGAAUUUUACUCGCACGCAUGCAGAUCAUAUUAUACUUGUACACGGUCAUGGGUUAUAUUUUAAGCUCUUUACCGACAAUUUAUUUUCCUUUUGUGUAUGGGUUUCAGUUUAAAACUCACCAUGCUGUGCAUGGCCGGGAUUAAAAUGUUUGUAAUAUCCAAUGCUGAUGAGCACCAACCAAUAAAUAGAAUGUAUAAAAGUAAGUUGGAUUGCACAUGCUGAUAUGUUGCCUGUUCAUGUUUGCUAUAGCAUUUUUAUUUUAUCUGAGGACCUCAGGCCUGAGCUUAUUCCUUUCUCUUUUACAGUCUCAACUUUAAAAUUUUAGUUAAAAUACGUUGUCAACAUCAUUUCGCGGUGGAGAUAAAAUUUAAUAAUGUUUGCAAAUGUGGUUGGAAUUUUAAAUGUACGUGUUCGGGCAUCAUAAUGAAUAAACGAUAUACACCGGCAUUUUUGAUCAUGUAUUUGCUGAAUAAAAAUGCCACCUCUGACGACAUGCAGGCAAGGUAA